CGCCAGCCAAUUCACGACAGCGCGCGCAUUCACCACCCACUGUCAAGAUGCCCAUAUCCAAGGCCACCAAGAAGUUCGAGAGGAACAAACUGCCCGACGUCAUCAAGCGCCGGAAAGAAGUUGCAAAAGUCAAGCAGCGGAAGCAGAUUGACCUCAAGAAGAAGGAACGCAAGGCGCGAGACAAUGCAAAGGCCGACGACCUCGAAGAUGACGCCGCGAAGAAGCCAAAGUCCAAGGCGGCCAAGGACGACGAGGCGUUUGGGGAAAUGUCCAUGGACCAGUUCUUCGAGGGCGGCUUCGAGGUGCCCAAGAUGAGCAAGAAGAGCUCGACAAAACCGAAGACGGGCAAGAGAAAGCGCACGCCAGUCGAACAGGAUGGCUCUGAAGGCUCUGACGACGAGAUGGCCGAGGCAGCAAACGGUGCAGACGACUCUGCUACAGACAGCGACUCGGGCGACGACGCCGACGCUCACAAGGAGCAACUCGCAGGACUGGCGGCCAAGGACCCCGACUUCUACAAAUACCUCAAAGAAAAUGACGCAGAGCUGCUGGACUUCGCCGAAGAUGCGGACCUGGCGGAGAUCGACGCGCUCAGCGCCAGCGAGGACGAGACAACGCCCAGGAAGAAGCAGAAGGCGGCAGAGGUCUCAGACGACGAGAGUGAGCCAGCGAGCAGCAACGAGGUCUCCAAGCAGCUCAUACAAAAGUGGAAACUUUCACUGGAAGCGAACCACUCCCUGAGGGCGAUGAGGGAGGUCGUGCUGGCCUUCCGGUCUGCUGCACACUUGAACGACGAGGAAGGCAAGAAGUAUAGAUACUCGAUAUCUGACCCAGAUGUUUAUCACCAGGUUCUCGUGACCACCCUCCAGCUUGUCCCCAAGGUGCUGCAACACCACCUGCCCGUCAAGGAGAAUGCUGCAGGCAAGAUUCGUGUGCCUACCGACUCGAAGAAAUUCCGCACGCUCACGCCGCUCCUCAAGUCGCAUACCGUCUCAAUCCAACAUCUUCUCGAGAAUCUCUCGGACGCCUCAACCAUGCGCAUGACUCUGGACUCGCUAGCGACACUGCUUCCGUACAUUCUCUCUUUCAAGAAGGUCGUUCGCGAGGUCAUAAAAACGGUUUCGUCUGUAUGGGCAGACUCUGCCAACAACGAGAUGACCAGGUUGUCUGCAUUCCUGGUUAUGCGACGUCUGGUAGUCAUCUCCGACGCAAGCAUUCGUGAGGCCGUCCUAAAGCAGGCAUACCAAGGGCUUGUCAAGGGCGCAAGAAACACGACGGUCCACACCAUCCAAGGCAUCAAUCUCAUGAAGAACACUGCCUCUGAGCUUUGGGGCCUCGAUCCUACCGUAGGGUACACGACUGGUUUCGGUUUCAUCCGUCAGCUUGCCAUCCACCUCCGGACCAGCAUCACAAACAAGACGAAAGAUUCCUACAAGACAGUCUACAACUGGCAGUACAUCCACUCGCUAGAUUUCUGGUCUCGAGUUGUCUCAGCACACUGCGAGUCUCUUCGCGAAGCAGAGUCCGGCAAGCCAUCCCCUCUCAGACCACUCAUCUACCCCGUUGUCCAGCUCACGCUCGGAGCCAUGCGUCUCAUUCCCACCGCGCAAUACUUCCCCCUUCGCUUCCAGCUCGUUCGCGCCCUCAUUCGCGUCUCGUCAGCGACGUCAACAUAUAUCCCGCUCGCUCCCGCACUCAUUGAAGUCCUCAACACGGCAGAGAUGAAGAAGCCCCCGAAACCCAGCACUCUGAAAUCUCUGGAGUUUAGCACCACCAUCAGAGCAACAAAAGCGUAUCUCCGUACACGAGUCUACCAGGACGGCGUCGGUGAGCAGGUCGCAGAACUGCUUGCAGAAUUCUUCGUCCUGUGGGCGAAGAAUAUCGCGCUCCCUGAACUCGCACUCCCCGUUAUCGUCAUGCUCAAGCGCUGGGUCAAAGCCAUGACCAAGAAGAGCAGCGGGAAUCGCAACGCGAAGAUCAGCUCGAUCAUGGCAUUGUUGAUCCAGAAGCUCGAGGCUAAUUCAAAAUGGGUCGAGGAGAAGCGCGCAAAGGUCGAUUUUGCACCCAACAACCGCGCAGGUGUGGAGGGCUUCCUCAAGGAUGUUGACUGGGAGAAGACGCCGCUCGGUGCGUUUGUGGCCGGGCAGAGGAAGGCGAGGGAGCAGAAGAACAAGAUGCUCGAGGAUGCGCGGAAGACGGAUGACAGAAAGAGGGAGGAGGCUGAUAAGUGGGAGGCUAAGAAGGGCGGGAAGGAGUUUGAAUCCGAGGACGAGGAUGUCGAGAUGGAGGUCGAUGAUGAGGAUAUGCUGGACCUGGAGGACGACAGUGACGAUGACGAGGAGUAGACGUGCGAUGUAAAAUCUUGUAUUGGAUACUUGGGCGCGGAGACGCGCAUGUAUGUGUUUCGACGUUACUACACACGGGGAACGCACAUCGUCAUAGUAUAGUGACACGUUGUGUACCCAUGUGCUGGGGGCUUUCUAGCAGCAAAUUCAAAAUACACGGUCAAUAGGGUU